AUGUCUACUGGUAAGCUUAGGGAAUCAUUUGUACAUGAAUCUGUUCACAUUCAUUUGGAAGACACUUCUCUUCUCUCAAGGCCAAAGGAGGAAGGUGAUGCAGAAAUCGAAUACACUGUCCACCUAGAAGCCUGUGGCAGUGCUACUUUUAAAAAUGGUGAUGUUCAGAAUAGUGCAACACUGGAUGCCCAUAAGAAGCUCUGUGGUGGAAGUCGUAGAGCUUAUUUUGAAGUUGGCGAUAAUAAUAUAUAUACUACAUGGUUUGGUGUAUACACAUCUGACAGGGCUGCCACAGUUAAAAAAACAUACAGGAAUAUAACAGAUGAUAUAUUUAACAAAGAAUGCAUUUACUACAAUAAUGGUCCACUCUGCAGAUCCAAUAUUUAUGCCUACACAUACAUGACUGGUACCACUGUGUACCUCUGUAGUGUUUUUUAUGAAGAACCAACAUAUUGCAGCAAGACUGGUGAGAGCAAGGAAGGCAUACUGCUUCAUGAAUGGUCUCAUCCUUAUGGCCAACGUGAUGAUGUUGAUUAUGGUCGUUCGAAUUGCAAGGAUUUAGCCAAGAAUGAACCAGAUGAUGCUGUCAGGAAUGCUGAUAGUUACCAGUAUUACUAUUGCGAUCUGCAGUAA